CGUGCUAGAACGUGCUUGACAGUUGACAGAGUCAUGACAGUGUUUUGUCUUGUCGUUUUGUGCUAUAGUGGUUUUGGUUUUGUGUUUUGUUUGUCAUUUUGAAAUUUCAUGAUUUUCCGCGAUUUUCCGUUGUGUUUCCCGCGGAAAACUGUAAUACGAUUACGAGAGCUCUAAAAAGAAGCAAAUAACCAGACAAUCACGAAAUCAGCUCAGUUUACUAUCCUAAUAAAUCUUUAAGAUGAGUGUCAGUGCAGCGUCAACAGUUGAAGAAGAAGUAGAUGAAUGUGGGCCCCAACCUAUCGCUCGUCUGGAGGGCAAUGGUAUCACGGCUGGGGAUAUCGCCAAACUCAAAGAAUGUGGCUAUCACACAAUCGAGUCCAUUGCUUUUGCCCCAAAGAAGCAUUUAAUCACUAUCAAAGGCAUUUCUGAGGCCAAAGCUGACAAGGUACUGAAAGAAGCCGGAAAGCUGGUGCCUAUGGGCUUCACAACUGCCAGGGAGUUCCACCAAAAGAGAUCAGAGAUUAUUCAAUUGACUACAGGCUCAAAAGAACUAGAUAAACUUUUAGGAGGGGGUAUUGAAACAGGAUCUAUUACAGAGAUCUUUGGUGAAUUUAGAACUGGAAAGACCCAGAUAUGCCAUACCUUGGCUGUUACUUGUCAGUUACCUAUUGAGAGUGGAGGUGGGGAAGGAAAAUGUCUCUACAUUGACACAGAGGGAACUUUUCGCCCUGAGAGGCUAUUAGCAGUAGCAGAAAGAUACCAGAUGAAUGGACAAGAUGUUUUAGACAAUGUAGCUUAUGCUAGAGCUUACAAUACUGAUCAUCAGACUGAGCUACUUAUACAGGCAUCAGCUAUGAUGUCUGAUGCUAGGCUUUCUGUUUUUAGGUACGCAUUAUUGGUAGUGGAUAGUGCUAUGGCCCUGUACAGGACAGAUUACUCAGGCAGAGGUGAAUUAUCAGCUAGACAAAUGCACUUGGCAAGGUUUCUUAGGAUGCUGUUACAGCUAGCUGAUGUGUUUGGCAUAGCGGUAGUGAUCACCAACCAAGUAGUAGCUCAAGUUGACGGCGCUGCAAUGUUCAAUGCCGACCCCAAGAAGCCCAUCGGUGGUAACAUCAUGGCUCACGCGUCCACCACCCGGUUGUACCUGCGCAAAGGCAGGGGGGAGACCAGGAUGUGCAAAAUAUACGACUCCCCUUGCCUUCCAGAAUCAGAAGCUAUGUUUGCUAUCAAUCCCGAUGGUAUCGGUGAUGCUAAGGAGUAAUCUUUUAGGUUCUGUAAUGUGUCAUGCAACUGGUAUUGCAACGGUUAGGUUUAGGUGGUAUACAGUUGUUUUGGUAUGUGUGAAUAAGUUCGUUUUUAUCGUAUGUAUAAAAUUUAUAUUGUUUUCCUUUCACGUCAAUACAUAUUAAGAAUAUAUGGAGUAAUUCACAAUGAGAUGAUUGCAAAGUUCGUUAGUACGCAUCAUCCAUGAAACUUAUUUUUGAAAAUAAAAAUGUAGAGCUUAUAAUUUUGAUUAUUAAAAUUACGAUAUUUAGAUUAUAUAAUUGAGUUGAAUAUAUUUUUACUGUACAAA